UGGGAUUGUAGUGACGUCACGGCCUGUAACGUCGUAACGUGGCGGAUUAGUGAUUAAUAGGAGGGGCUGUCAAUUUUCGUGGUUUAAUGAUUUCUGUGAAACGGUUUGCAUAAAAGUUACAUCUAAUAUACGUACUAAUUUAGAUAAACGAGCCGAAAAAUGUCAUCCUCGGGCGAUUUCGGCAACCCAUUACGCAAGUUUAAAUUAGUUUUCUUAGGAGAGCAAAGCGUUGGGAAAACUUCUCUCAUCACAAGGUUUAUGUAUGACAGCUUCGACAACACAUAUCAGGCUACAAUUGGAAUUGAUUUCCUGUCGAAGACUAUGUAUUUAGAAGACAGAACGGUACGCCUGCAACUUUGGGAUACUGCAGGACAAGAAAGGUUCCGGAGUCUGAUUCCUUCAUAUAUACGUGACUCAACAGUUGCUGUGGUAGUUUACGAUAUCACAAAUGCGAAUUCCUUUCAUCAGACAUCUAAAUGGAUUGACGAUGUUCGGACAGAACGUGGUAGUGACGUAAUAAUUAUGCUUGUUGGCAACAAGACUGAUCUCUCAGAUAAACGACAGGUCUCCACUGAAGAAGGAGAACGGAAAGCCAAGGAACUAAAUGUCAUGUUUAUAGAAACUAGUGCAAAAGCUGGCUACAAUGUUAAGCAGCUUUUCCGACGUGUCGCUGCAGCCCUUCCGGGCAUGGACUCUACUGAAAACAAACCACCAGAAGACAUGCAAGAGGUUGUGUUAAAGGAUACACCCAAUGAAGUGAAAAACCAAGAGGGAGGGUGCUCAUGCUUAAGGAAAGGUUACUGAAGUCUCCUUUUGCUGGAAGACUGGUUUGUUAUAAUUUACAUGGGAGCAAAAACACAUGGUUGCAGUACAUUAACACAACGUGAUCAGGUAUUAAAGUCAGUGCUCCUCAAAUGAGAUUUACGUGAAUUGUGUGUAAUUGUUUUGCUGUGUGCCAGCAGAAAAAUGCUUUCAGAACUAAUUUGUUCGUGGGCAUUGGCAGCUUGAGGAACUGUGGAAUUAAGUAAGGUUGUGUUUUCUUAUCCACUGAGGGUUAAAGCUGAUUGUCAUGCAGGUUUUUUAGUGAUCAACGGCAAGUACUUCCAUAAAAAUAUUGGAAAGAUGCAGACAAAUAAAAUUGUGUGCAGUGGCAUCUGUGCAUAUCCGCAUAAUUUGUGCGUAAAUGGCGUAGAAAAAUUUCUUUAAGAAAAGAAAUUCUAUGCAGACAAUAUACAAGCCUCACAUUUCAUUUGGGUAUGUUGCAGAACUUGUACGUUGAUGUCAGUUUAUCAAACUGUAUUGUGUCUUCAUUAAAAACAGUAACCUGUCAUUAUCAAUGGCUUUCAUCAUUUGUUUUGUAUAUGACUUGCCAUUUAUUAAUAUGAAUGCGCAUUGUACAUAAGUUAUUUUUAGUCUUCAGCUCUAAUUGUAGUAAUUAUUUCAUGUGUAAAUAAAAAUAGUAAAUCUGUGAAGCCUUCAGUAGUAUACAGAUCAUUCCAUUAUAAUAAACUAAAAGUUUUGCUUAAUAACUCAGUGUUACCUAAUCUGACUUGGCUUCAUUUGAGAGCUGAGAUAUUUUUAUUUAUAUAGUACCUGCAGAGAACAGUAUGUUGCCAUAGAAUGUCUUGUGAAGUGCAUUUUAAGAUGAAUCUUCAUUGCAGAAUUGAUUUCACUUCUGGAAAUUUUAUGCUUCAUAUGUAGAAAUCUGCAUGAAUUUUGUGACUACUGUUUAUAGUAGUUCAAUUAAUGUAAUUUUUACUUUUUACCCAAUUUUACAAAGCAAUUCUAUUAAUGCAUUGAGCAUUUCAAUCUUACCUGACUGUCUAAAACAAUUUAAACAGUAGGUAGAUAGAUUAAUGAUGUUUGGAGAUGUCUGUAUAUAGUUUUUCAGAAUUGAAAACUAAAAAAAAUUGUAAAGGUAGAUGGAAAUAAAAAUGUGAGACUUAAUUUAUUUUUAUAUUUGUGUUUUUGUUCAUGUGUCACAGUGUCCUUAUUUCAAUAUUUUGCAAUGAAAUUUUUAUCAUAUCAUGGCUCAUCAAAUAGACUUUGUUACAAUACCAAAUGUGGCUAUGAUUAAUUUGAACCUGCUGUAUGAAAUCAGUUGCAGAAGAUUUGAUGUUAUACAAAUAACUAAUGUUCCUUUGGGCUUUGAAAACUACAUAUUUUCGUGCUAGUUAUACAUCCACGUAAGAGAUGAAAAUAUUGAGAAAGUCAACUCAACAUAUAUCCUUUUUUCCCUCUUCCCUACUCUUAUUCUUACUUACUCUCCAUCUCUGUCCAUGCCAUUGAGAUGUUCGUGGUACAAAAUGUGUUAAGUGUCACAUACACUGCAUAGUCAGUAAUUUAACUCCUGUUAGUGACAAUAAUACCUACUGGGUAAUAUUUGGCUUUGCUUUGUUCCUCCAAUGGAAGUUUCGUUACUUUGAGAUUGUCUGCUGCAGAAGCUAAAAGCAUUUAAAUGUCAUCUGCGAAUUGAAUAAUUAAAACAUUUUCAAUAUCUA